AUGGACCCAACGACGGUCGCGUUACUAUUGUCGUUCUCGGCGCUCGCCACCGCCGCCACUGGCAAACCACCGGACGGCCGCGGCGCGUUCGGUUACCCGGACGACGAGCACGUGAUCAUCACUCAGUACGGACCGAUGCGGUACGAACCGGUAACCGCAGACCAGAUGAACCGGCCGUACGACGACGGCGCCUCGAAAACCGCGUCGUCCGGGCGUGGCUAUUACAAGGCCGAGGUGAUACCGUUGGACAUGAACACCUGGAAGCCCGCGGCCGGCGCCGACGGCCGUUGGGUCGGCAGAGCGGCCGCCGGUGGCCGGGUCGACUCGUUCGACGUGCCGCUCCGCGUCGGCUAUUCCGUGCGGCCCGCGGCCCGGCGACGCCGACACGACUACCUGUUGAUGGGGCACAGGCCGCGGCCGCAGCCGCCCCAGUGGAACCAUCGUCAGCCGGUCGCCCCGCGCCGACGCAUCGACGCCACCGGCCCUUUGGAGGAGGUACCGAUCCGACCACGGUGA